AUGACCACGAAAAGAGUUAAAGGGUGUGAAGAUGACGAUAAAUCUCAGGUUAUCGGAGUGAUCCGAAGCACCGAAGUAGAUCGCAACCUCCUCCGCGUAUCUCGUCCACGUGCAACUACCGAUCCCGCUAUUUCCGGAUCUGAACAGUCGAAGCGAGAUUCUCGUUUGACUCGUUCAAACUCAGCUUGUGGACUUGACUCCGUCGAGCUAGAGCUCGACUUCAUCUUCACAAGUAGCUCGGACAGUAAACAGCUGGAUUUGGACAAGGAUACUUGGUGGGCUCGAGGUCACUUUACUGGGCCUGAGUGGACUUAUCUUGAUCUUAGGACUUAG